UCCAGAAUCUUACCUUUGGUCUUCUCCCCAGUUGGGUUUUCGUUAUUUUCUAGGAUCUCAAAGUAUUUUGUAUCAAAAUCUAAUCUUUGCUGUUUUCUAUUUUAGGAACUCUUGUGGGAUUUUUCUCGUACAAUUGAACAUAUGAGCUACCAUUUCUGUCCUAUUCCGAGGACCAAAAGUUCCCCCUUUUUUACACAAAUUUUCUUUUCUAAGAUUUUUUUAUCGUUCGUAGAAAAACUUUGUUUUUUUUCCCUUGUUCUUUUUGUUAGUUAGUACAUGGGUUAGCUUUCUUCUCAUCUCUGUGGAGUUCUCCAGAUAUUGAGUUUUUUGAUGUGGGCUUAAUCUAAAAGGUGAAAAAACGAUUCUUUUUAUGGAAUUGGAUCAGCUUUUUGUACCAAUUAUCAUAUUAAAAAUCUUCCUCUUUGUCAUCUAUGGGUAGCCAUGAUUUCUCCUCAGUCUUUGUCUCUCAUGCCUUGCACAUCUCCAAUAUAUUCCUCUCUCUCUCUCUCUCUCUCUCUCUCUCUCUCUGCAUGUAUACUGUUUACUUUUUGCCCCACUAGUCAUCUCAAUGUCAUCAAAGUAUGUUUGAUGGGUACCAAAUAAAUUUCUACCUUGUCUUCUAAAGCUCUUCUUCUCCUUUUGGUAGCUUGGAUUUCAAGCUAAUAAGUGAUUUCUUCUUCUCUCUCCUUGGACAAUUUUGAUCGCAAUUGAAUAGAAAGGAGGAGAAAUUGGGGGGAAUGGAGGGAGAUACAUUCUCAGGAUUACGCAAUGGAACCCAAGUGGACACCAAAGUUCUUCAAAGCUUUCAGAAGAACUUUGUGCAAGUUCAAACCAUUCUUGAUCAAAACAGGCUGUUGAUCAAUGAGAUAAAUCAAAAUCAUGAGUCUAAAAUCCCUGACAAUCUCAGUAGAAAUGUAGGACUCAUCAGGGAGCUCAACAGCAACAUUCGAAGGGUCGUCGAUCUGUAUGGAGACCUCUCAAGCUCAUUCUCUAAAUCCAUGGAGGCUUCCUCUGAUGGAGAUUCUUCUUUGAGGUCAGAUGGUAAAGCUGGCAUGAAGAGAUUCAGGUCUUGAUUUUUAAAAUUAAUCUGUUUUCUUUUGUUGUUGUUGUUGUAAUCUUUAUGUGAGUCUACUUUCUAGUGUCACAUUAAUCCUUGAGUAAUCUAAUUCUUUUCUAUGUCUGCAGUUUCUAUUA